CAAACUCUCCUCUCCUCUGUCUCGAUUUCCCCCUCAGCUUGGCAGUUCCUCCUCAGUAUGCCCUAGAUUCUGUGCGACCCCAGCCCUGAACACUGUUAGGUUGACCCUUGAUUGAGAAUCCAAGGCUGCUCUAAGAGCUUGCUAGGGUGAGGAAUGGCUCAUCCUAGGAUUGUGAGUGCCUUUCGUGCAAUGAAAGUGCUUGGGAUCUCUGAAGAGAAGGUGAAGCCCGCAUUGAAACGUCUUUUGAAGUUGUAUAACAAAAACUGGGACCUCAUUGAAGAGGAGAACUAUAGACCCCUUAUAGAUGCAAUAUUUGAAUAUGAGGAAGCUGAGGCAGCAAAACGUGAGAAAUCUUCAAAGAAUGCUGAACAGGAGGAUAAUUUGGAGGAAGAAGAGGUUGCGCAUGAAGAGCCUGUAAGGCCCUUAAAAAGAUCACGUUUGAGACCGGAAGCUAGUCUAUCAUCACCAUCCAGCCUGGGUGGAACUUCACAGGUGAGGCAUGAUGUUGAGGGGGCUGAACUUCUUGGACAGCACAACUCCUCUAAUGGCCAUAUGGAUUCUGAACCACAGCCUGCAUCAUGCCAAUAUAUUGCUCGGAACAAAGGAAAACAGCCUGUUUCUCCCAAUGCUACAUCACAGGAAACAUAUUCUUUGCCUCAGCUUUCUGGUGCAGACAAAAGUCAGCCAAGUUCUUGUAAAGCAGGAACUGGUUUGGGUUCUGAGAGGGGUAAGGAAGUUCUAUCUCCUCAAAUCAUGUCUGCUGAAAAGCCAAGCAGUGAGCCUAGCAAUGCACAGUCAUCCAAAAAGAAAUUUCAUGCAUUGAUCAAACCUAAAGAAGAGCCGGUCACUGAAGACAUGCACCAAGAAGUUCCUGUUUCAGGCACUCAUGCAGGGUCAGCAAAGAAAGGUGGAUCAUCAAAUGCAAAUGGUUUGAUCGGGAAUGAGGAUCAUCCUUCAGAUCCGAAGAUGCAAUCCGGAGCUACACUAGAUUUAGCUCUAUCAAGCGAAGCAAGAGCCAAUGAUAACCUGGAGGUAGCUUCCUCAACCUCUGGAGAUAUGAAAGUGAUUCUGAACUGUAGCGCAAUUUUAGGAAAACCCAACUUUGAGAUGCCUAGCCUAGAUGCAGUGGUGAAGUUGAUGGAGGAUAAAUGUCUGAGUAAGUACAAAGAUGUCGACCCAAAAUUUUCUGUGAUCAAAGUAAUGCAGGAUGUUUGCGAGUGCUUCUUGGAGUUGCGUGCUCAAUCUUCCAUCAGCGCUUCAGAAGCAACAAGAGAUGAGUAGGAAGGUGCACUGGGAAAAUGGCAAACUUAUUAUUCUUUUAUAAAGACUUUGCUGUCAAGGAAUGUUGGCUAAAUAUGUAGAUGUUUCAAGUUUUCUUUCUACAUUAGCCGUAACAUCUUUUAUGGUGUAUCAAUGUAACCUAAAUACUUUCACAGUUGGGUGAGCAGAGCCUUGUAGUGCACUGCUUGGUUGCACUUCAACUGAUGUUCUAUUAAAUUGAAGUUUCAAAUGUGGUGUUGUACAACCUAAA